AUGAAACACCCAAGUGAUAUUCACAUGGUCUCCAUUGUUGAUGUUAUUGAUGAGGUGGUUGCUAGUGUGAACCAUUUGAUGUGUAUGAGUGAGCCACUUGAAGUCAUGCUUGCGAACUGUGAUGAAUUCAAAAUUCAAGGCUAUGAAGAGAAAAAAUUGCUUCUUGAGGUGUUGAGAAGGCAUAUCAAAGUUAUAGGUUGGACUAUCACUGACAUAGUGGGCAUUCCUCUCGGUAGUUGCACUCACAAAAUUCAGCUUGAUAGUGAUUGUAAGCCAAGUGUUGAACAUCAGUGGAGAUUGAACCUACCGAUACAAGAGGUGGUGAAAAAUGAGAUAAUAAAGUGGUUAGAGGAAAGUGUGAUCUACCCUAUUGCGGAUAGCAAAUGGGUAAGUCAAGUACAAUGUGUACCAAAAAAGGGAGUCAUCACAGUAGUCCCAAAUGAAAAGGGGGAGCUUGUACCGAUGAGAUCGGUGAUCGGAUGGAGAGUAUGCAUGGAUUACGGAAAGUUAAAUUUGUGGACUGAAAAGGAUCAAUUUCCCAUGCCUUUCAUGGAUCAAAUGCUUGAUCGAUUCUCCGAGAGAGUAUUUAUGGAUGACUUCUCUGUUGUGGGUGACACUUUUGAAGCUUGUUUAGCACACAUAGAAAAAGUUCUCCAAAUAUGUGUGGAGACAAAUUUGGUCCUAAAUUGGGAAAAAUGCCACUUCAUGGGUAAGGAAGAGAUAAUUCUUGGUCACAAAGUGUCGCAAAAAGGGCUGGAAGUUGAUAAAGCAAAGAUUGAAGUGGUUGAGAAGUUACCACCAAAAAUUUUGGUGAAGGGUGUUCGUACUUUCUUGGGACAUACAGGUUUUUACCUGAGGUUCAUCAAAGACUUCACAAAGAUUGCACAUCCUCUAUGCAAACUCUUGGAGAAGGAGUGCUUGAAAGAAAAAUUUGUUUCCACCAUGAUCAUCAUUAGUCCUGAUUGGUCAGAAUCUUUCAAAGUAAUGCGUGAUGCAAGCGACACGGCACUAGUUUAUGCGUUUGAGAAGUUGUGGGCAUACUUGCUAGGUACUAAAGUGAUUGUUCAAACUGAUCAUGUUGCACUGUGUUAUCUUAUGGCAAAGAAGGAUGUUAGGCCAAGAUUGAUAAGGUGGGUGCUUUUAUUGCAAGAAUUCGACUUUGAGGUCAAAGAUACGAGAGGUUGUGAAAAUCAGGUGGCUCACCACUUAUCAAGAUUGGAAGGCAAGGAAAAUGAUGAGCUGGAAAUCGACAUAAAUGAUGUGGAGGCUGUUGCAAUUCCAAACAAUGAAGGAAAAAAUGUUGUUCAAUUCCUGAAACGCUACAUUUUUGCUAGAUUUGGUACUCCUAGGGAUAUUAUUAGUGAUGGGGGAUCCCACUUUUGCAUCAAGUGGUUCUCUGCCACAUUGAGUAAGUAUGGAGUGAAACACAAAGUAGCAACUCCGUAUCAUCCCCAAAUGAGCGGCCAAGUUGAAGUGUCAAACUGGGAGAUCAAAAGCAUGUUGGCCAACACAGUGACUGCUAAUAGGACUGAUUGGUCUCGAAAGCUUGAUGAUGCACUAUGGGCGUAUCGUACCGCAUACAAAACACUAAUUGGUAUGUCUCCGUAUCAGCUAGCUUUUGGUAAAUCUUGCCAUCUACCAGUUGAAUUAGAAAACAAAGCAUUGUGGGCAUUGAAAGCUCUAAAUUUGGACUGGACAAAGACUUCAAAAGAGAGAGUAGAGCAGUUAAAUGAGUUGAACGAAUUCAUGUUCAAAGUUUAUGAAUGUUUAGCCCUUUACAAGGAAAAGAUGAAGAAAUGGCAUGAUGCUAAAAUGCUUAAGAGGGAGUUCAGAGUGGGAGACUUGGUGUUACUAUACAACUCUCGACUUAGACCCAUUCCAGGAAAGCUCAAGUCCAAAUGGUCAGGACCAUUUAGAGUGACACGAGUGUUUACAAAUAUUGCCAUUGAAGUUGAAGGUCAAGAAGGACAUGUGCAAGAUAUUAUGCGAGAAGAAGAUGCUAUUGGCGGAUCACCGAACCUAUUCGGCGAGCACGACAUAGUCCUCUCUAUGGACUUGAAAAAUGGGGCUGAGAUUUUGGAACAUUGA